GCAGAGUUGGGCUCCGGGACUACCCGGCGGCACCCCGGCCUGGGAGUCCAGGUGUGAGGCGCUGUGUCCCCGAGUUCGGGCAGCCCCCGACGGGCGGCGGGCGGGAAUGCCCAGCUCCAGUCUCAGGGGCGCCAGAAGCCAGCGGGGUUCCAACAAACGACUCCCCCCAGCUCCCGCCACCCUAAACGUGCACCCCGCCGGCCAUGGGCAGCCGCGAUCACCUGUUCAAAGUGCUGGUGGUGGGGGACGCCGCGGUGGGCAAGACGUCCCUGGUGCAGCGCUAUUCCCAGGACAGCUUCAGCAAACACUACAAGUCCACGGUGGGAGUGGAUUUUGCUCUGAAGGUUCUCCAGUGGUCUGACUCCGAGGUGGUGCGGCUCCAGCUGUGGGACAUUGCAGGCCAGGAACGCUUCACCUCUAUGACCCGGCUGUAUUACCGGGAUGCCUCUGCCUGCGUUAUUAUGUUUGAUGUCACCAAUGCCACUACCUUCAGCAACAGCCAGAGAUGGAAACAGGACCUGGACAGCAAGCUCACACUGCCCAAUGGCGAUCCCGUGCCCUGCCUGCUCCUGGCCAACAAGUGCGACCUGUCCCCUUGGGCCAUGAGCCGAGACCAAGUUGAUCGGUUCAGUAAAGAGAACGGCUUCACAGGCUGGACAGAAACGUCGGUCAAGGAGAACAAGAACAUUAAUGAGGCCAUGAGAGUUCUCAUUGAAAAAAUGAUGAACAAUUCCAGAGAAGACACCCUGUCGCUGUCCACCCAAGGGAACUACAUCAACAUAGAAACUAAGUCCUCCUCUGGCUGGACCUGCUGCUAACAGUUGUUUUUCUCCCAGCCCUGUUUUUCCAUCUCUGCUAUUUGGUGGGUCCUGCCUGAGUUGCUUCAAGCACAUUGAAACUGUCUAGUGAAGGGGACCAGCGGCACCUGGAAGGACAUCUGAGGCCACAUGCAUUUCUGCAGCCCGAGCAGCGUGGCUCUCAUCUGCUGCUGCCUCUCUGGCCCCGUCAGAACCUCCUGGAUAAGAAAAGUCACCUCACUCGUCACUCCGGGAUCUGGGAUUCUGUGGAACUCCAUCUCUGUGCCUCUUUUUUUAGGGGGGAGGGUUGGGGAGGGCACAGCCAGUGGCGCUAAGGACUUACUCCUGGCUCUGUGCUCAAGAUUCACUCCUUGUGGUCUUGAAGGACCAUAUGUUGGUGCCAGGGACCAAACCCUUGUCAGCUGAGUGCAGGGAAAGUACCUAACCCACGGUGGUCUCAUGCCUUGUAGAUUUUUUUUCCUUCUAUUUAUUCUCUCUCUCUCUCUGUCUCUCUCUUCCUCUUUCCUCUCUCCCUUUCUCCUCUCUCCUCUCUCCCCCCACCCUAUUGAUUUUAGCAUUUGUAUUUUUUUUCUGAGGAGCUGUUCCUGACUCUUCCUGGCAAUAUUCAGGGAACCAUAUGUAGUGCAGGAUUGAAGUGGGGCCAGCUGCAUGCAAGGCAAGUGUCUUACCUCCUGUGCUAUCCGUCUGGCCUCUCUGUGUUUUCUGUUGUUUUGUUUUACUUCGGGAGAACUCAGGACUUCACAGCAGCCAGACACGUGCCAUUUCCCUGAUCCUCACAUCUGUGUUUUAAGAAUCAUUAUUCUCACCGGGUUUUGAGCUUAUUUUUCCAUUUGAUAUAUGUUGAGAUCUCAAUCUAAUGAUUUCAGACAACAAAUAAAAUAAGAUAAAAGGUCA